AUGAAUGUGAGACUGGCAUUCGCCGUGCUCUCCUCGGCGUGUUGGUCCGCGUUCCAGCACGGAUACAACACUGGUGUUAUCAACGCGCCGCAAUCAGUGAUGAUGGAGUGGCUUCACAAGGAGGCGCUCACCGGCACCAACACGACCCUGGACGCGAAGGACGACCCGAAGGUCACCACCGUGUGGUCAAUCACCGUCGCCAUAUACUGCGUGGGCGGCAUGAUAGGCGGCGUGCUUACAGGCUUUGUGGCUGACAGGUUCGGCAGGAAGGGUGGUCUUCUUCUGAACAACGCGCUGGUCUUCCUUGCGGCGGCUUUAGAGGGCGGCUCCAAGGUGGCCAACUCCGCUGAAAUGCUGAUCCUGGGCAGAUUGCUUAUUGGCAUAAACAGCGGCCUAAACGCUGGCUUGGCGCCGCUAUAUCUGGCUGAAAUAUCGCCAGUCUCAAUGCGCGGCUCGAUCGGCACCGUGUACCAGCUGGUGAUAACUAUCACCAUCCUGCUCUCGCAAGUGCUCGGGCUGGGCUCCGUGCUGGGGACGGAGCGCGGCUGGCCGUGGCUGCUGGCGGCCGCGGCGUUGCCGGCCCUCGUCCAGUGCGCGACGUUGCCGCUCUGCCCCGAGUCGCCGAAGUACCUGCUGCUGAACAGGGGCCAGGAGUUGCACGCGCAGCGGGCCUUGAACUGGUUAAGGGGAGACGUUGCUGUCCACGGCGAGAUGGAGGAAAUGCAUCAGGAGGCGGAGAAGAACAAGGUCUCGAAGAGGGUGACGCUCCGCGAGCUGGUGGGCAACCGGCAGCUUCGCCGGCCGCUCGCCAUCGCGCUGGUGGUGAUGGUGGCGCAGCAGCUGUCCGGCAUCAACGCGGUGAUCUUCUUCUCCACGGACAUCUUCAGGGGCGCGAACCUCAGCGAGGGCCAGUCGCAGUACGCCACCCUCGGAAUGGGCGCGAUGAACGUGGUGAUGACGGUGGUCAGCCUGCUGCUGGUGGAGGUGGCGGGGAGGAAGACCCUACUCCUCGCCGGCUUCGGCGGAAUGCUGGUCUGCACGGUGUGCCUCUGCGUCGCCAGCUUAUACACGGAGCACGUUUGGAUGUCGUACCUCUGCAUCGCGCUGGUGAUCCUGUUCGUGGUGACGUUCGCCGUGGGCCCGGGUUCGAUCCCGUGGUUCCUCGUAACCGAGCUGUUCAACCAGGCGGCGCGGCCGGUGGCGUCCUCUGUGGCGGUCACCGUCAACUGGACGGCCAACUUCAUAGUCGGCCUCAGCUUCCUGCCGCUUACUUUGGUCCUCGGCAUGAACACCUUCAUAAUAUUCGCAGUCCUGCAGUUCCUGUUCAUAGUCUUCAUCAGCAUGAAGGUGCCGGAGACCAAAAACAGGACAGUGGAGGAGAUAACCGCAAUGUUCCGCCAGCAGAUG